GAUGCUUCUGUGAAAGGAACACAAGAAAACACACAAGUUCAACAUGGCAGACAAGGAUAGCGUGGAGAAAUACCUGGAGAACAACCCGCAGUUCGCCAAAGAAUACUUCGAUAAGAAGCUGCGCGCGGAGGCUCUGACCGCCGCCUUUUCUGCACCUGUCGACGUCAAAGACACCGCAUCUUUCAAGGAUGUUAACUCCGUACAAGAAGCCGCCAUCAUCUUCGAGCUGGUCCAGGAGAUGCAGAAACAGGGAGACAUGGAGCCGUCCCUUCACAAGGUGUUGCAGAGAGUGGCCCUGAUAAUACAGGCCGACAGGAUCAGUUACUACUCAUGCCGGUCCAGAAACGGAAUACCUGAGCUGUACACUUCCCUCUUUGACGUGACUCCAACAUCCAAAUAUGAGGCAAACUUGGUCGAUCCGCAGGGUGAAAUUGUGUUCCCUCUCGAUAUGGGUAUUGUCGGUUUCACGGCACAUUCCAAAAAGCCCCAAAACAUUCCUGACGUCACAAAGAAUCAAAAGUUUUCUGACUUUGUGGACAAACAGACUGGAUACAAGACCAAAUGCAUGCUCACUUUCCCUCUGUUGGCUGAUAAAGAAUGCAUUGGAGUCAUCAUGGCGCUAAACAAAAUAGGAGCCGAUACGUUCACUCCAGAGGAUGAGGCUCUCUUCCACAAGUACAUGAACUUUGCUCAAGUCAUCACCUUGCAGCAUUUCACAGCCUACAUGUUCAAUGUGGAGUCCAGGAGAAGUCAGGUGCUGCUCUGGUCAGCCAGUAAAGUGUUUGAGGAGUUGACAGACAUUGAAAGACAGUUCCACAAGGCGCUCUACACUGUAAGGAUAUAUCUACAAUGCGAACGAUACUCAGUGGGCCUGUUGGACAUGACCAAAGAGAAGGAAUUCUAUGAUGAAUGGCCAGUGAAACUGGGUGAUGUGGAACCCUAUAAAGGACCAAAGACGCCAGAUGGCAGGGAAGUCAUCUUUUACAAGAUCAUUGACUACCUCCUGGAAGCCAAGGAAGAAAUCAAAGUCAUACCUGGUCCACCUGCAGAUCACUGGGCUUUAGUCAGCGGGCUACCGACCUAUGUUGCAGAGAAUGGCUUUAUUUGCAACAUGAUGAACGUGGCUGCAGAUGACUUCUUCACUUUCCAGAAAGAGGCUGUGGACGACACGGGCUUUGUCAUCAAGAACGUCCUGUCGCUGCCCAUUGUCAACAAGAAGGAAGAAAUCGUGGGCAUCGCCACUUUCUUCAACAGGAAAGAUGGCAAACCAUUUGAUGAACACGAUGAACAGAUCACUGAGGCCCUGACACAGUUCCUGGGCUGGUCAGUGCUGAACUGCGACACCUACGACAGGCUGAACCGUAUGGAGUGGAGGAAAGAAAUCGCCCAGGAGAUGCUCCUGUACCAGACCAAAUGCACCAAAGAUGAGCUGCAGUCCAUUCUGAACACCAAUGAAAAGUUUGGUGCGGAGCCUGAAGACUGCGACGCGAAAGAGAUGUACAAACUAUUGAGAGCAACCUGCCCGCCAGCUGACAACGUCAAUGGAGAGAGCCUGUACCUGUUCUCCUUCAGUGACUUCCCCGUUACAGAGGUCGACCUCAUCAAGGCCGGCAUUCGCAUGUUCUUUGAGCUCGGAGUUGUUGAAAAGUUUAAAGUUCCUCCCGAGAUACUGACCAGGUGGAUGUACACAGUGAGGAAGGGUUACCGUGCCAUCACCUACCACAACUGGAGGCACGGCUUCAACGUUGGCCACACCAUGUUCUGCCUGCUCCAGACAGGAAAGCUGAGGAAGUACUACUCUGAUCUAGAUGCCUUUGCCAUGGUGGCUGCUGCUUUCUGCCAUGAUAUCGACCACAGAGGAACCAACAACCUCUACCAGACAAAGAGUGCAGCUCCUCUGGCCAAACUUCACGGCUCUUCCAUUAUGGAGAGGCACCACUUGGAGUUCAGCAAGAUACUCAUGGGAGAGGAGAACCUGAACAUCUUCUGCAACCUCCAGAAGCGCCAGUUUGAGAAUGUGCAGCACAUGUUUGACGUCUGCAUCAUUGCCACUGAUCUGGCCCUUUAUUUCAAAAAGAGAACCAUGUUCCAAAACAUUGUGAAUGCCACAGAGCCGAUGGCAGAUGAAAAGGAGGCCAUUGCCUAUAUUUCCAACAACCCCACCAGGAAGGAAAUCAUCAUGGCCAUGAUGAUGACAGGCUGUGACUUAUCGGCUAUCACCAAACCCUGGGAGGUACAGAGCAAGGUGGCUCUGAUGGUCGCUGCUGAAUUCUGGGAACAGGGAGAUUUGGAGAGAACUGUUUUGGACCAACAACCAAUUCCCAUGAUGGACAGAAACUGUGCCGAACAGCUACCCAAGAUGCAGUGCGGCUUCAUUGACUUUGUGUGCUCAUUCGUAUACAAGGAGUUCUCCAGGUUCCAUAAGGAGAUCACGCCCAUGUUCGAUGGUCUGAACAACAACAGGUCACACUGGGCCGAGCUGGCCGAGGUGUACAACGCAAAGAUUAAGGCCAUCGAGGAUGAGAAGAAGAAACUGGAAGAAGAGGAAGCCAAGAAAGCUGGUGGUGGAGGCGAUGGAGGGAAGUCAAAGACCUGCACCAUCUGCUAAAUUCCUCCAGUGCUUGGAUCUGGACUGAUUGCGGUCUAACUAGGACUAGUCUAGGCUACGCUAGCCUAUAAUUCUGGACAAGUCAUCUAGUUGGAACUCUGCUAGGCUAGCUCGGUCUGGUCUGAUCUACAUCAGCGUAGUUCUCACUGGUUAGGUGCUGUCCGCUCUUGUGCAGUCCAGUCCAGCCUUGUUUGAGCUGGCCUGGUCCAGUCUAGCCUACUUCAGUCUAGUGUAGUCAGGUCUGGUCUACAGUCCAGUCCGGAUUAGGCAAGUUUAACCAUUCUCCACGGAGAGUCAGAAACAUCACCAAGAAGUAAUGAUGGGACUCUGACUGCAAGAGAAGCUAUUUGACUCUGAAGGUGCGAUGUACUUGAAACUUCCUCCUUCCUCUGCUUCGUACAACACACUACCAUGAACAAUUGAAAAGCAAUAUACACACGGACAACAUGUAGUUCCCCUUAAUAUAGCAAUAAUCGAAACCCUCCUGACAUGCAUGGUUUGAAACCAUAGUUGGAGAAGCUCAUUAGCUGUAGUCAUACAUUCCAAGUCAAGCUAAAGCACAACUCUUUAAGUAUGAAUCGCUUGAAUAGACUACUACAUGUACUGCAUGUGGGUGUGUAUCCAUGCCAAAGCAAUAAUUUUCACACAGGAUUCCUAUUGGCAGUCACUCACCACACAGUAUAUCAGUACUGUAGUUCGCACAAUGCACUUAGCUGCUGCUGUUCUGGCAGUGGCAGGCCAUGCACAGAGGGCGGGAGGGCAGGCAGGGACAAUAAACACAGAACUUUAUACUUACAGGUGUCAGAGGAAGGGGGUUAGGACUAUGCUUUUGGUUAACAGUUUAAGUAGCUUGGAUAACAUUGAAUGAGAUGAUUGAUUUCAUGAACACAAAAAGAGGGAAACUGCAAUCUAAAGGAUCUGUUAACACUCCAUCAACAAGGGCUGAUGUUUUCUUACCUCAAAGGCGCAAGUGAGUUAUGUAAGGGUAUGUUUUAAUAUGCAAUCUAUCUAUAUAUAUAUAUAUUUUUUUUUUGAUUCUUUGUCUGAGAAUUUUGUACUUCAACUGUCCUCAUGGAUGGUGAGUUAGAGACGAGGCCAGCUUUGAGAGAUGGUGUUCUGAAUCUGUGAACAAAUGCACACUAAAACCGCAUUCAGGCAUCAAGAAUAUGUUUUGAAUUUGUGCAACUUUAUCGUCAGCAUUGAUGAACAACCUGUGAGCUGUUUAACUUGUAUCCAACGACCUGGAAAAAUAACUGGAAAUGGUCAUUUACAUAAUAUUUACACCAGUGUUUAGAACAAACUUACAAUUCAAUAUCAAGUCACAAAAGAUUUCUUUUAAACGUGCAUGAUUUCACAUGUAUAUAGUUUAUAACAUAGCAAUUGUAAAAUGUACAUUGUGUAAAGUUAAUAAUAACUGAAGCAUAAAACUUAUUUUAAGGAUGUAAAAGCAACCCUUACUUCUUCAGAGGAGACAGGAGUCGCAGUUAAACAGGGAACAGUAGAUCUACCUCUCCUGUAAGAAGAUUUGAUAGAAUUUGAUUUGAUUGCCAGCCAGCGUUUGAGAUCCACACAGCUUUAGACUUUAAAUACCCUUCUUACAGAGGAGGUAAAGCAGGCUACCAAGCCUUAUCAUAUGAAUGUGCAGACGACUCGUGUUUAUAAAGGUAUUUAUAAAUGAUGCUGCAGCAUCAUUGACUGUAUGAUUGUUCAGGCCAAAGUCCCGUGCUUCUUCUUUCAGCACUGAUGCAACAGUGAGAUGAGUCGAGGCAUCUCAGGGUGACUCUCCCCACAGAACCUCUUCAAACAUGCUUCAAACAUGUAUACUUGAAUUGAACUUGAGUUAGUCAUGCAUGUAGACAGUACACCCCCCCCCCCCCCCCCCCCCCAUGCACUUUCUGAAAAACUUUUAGCAACGACAAGCUGUGUCUCAAAUUCCUGUUACACAAUGUCAUCUCCUCUAAUCAAUGAGGCAUCAAUCAAAGGCACUUAAUCCUAUCAGAAUGGCUUUGGGACUACCUGGAAACUCCUUUUCUGCUGCUUGAGGUGAAGUGAGGAGCUGUCACUGGAGCUAAAGCCGGUUCCUUCAAGGAUCCUCUGUGAUCCUUUGUACCAAAUGAUGCACUGUAUACUUUCUACGUAUCCCAUCAACUAUCUCUCAGACACUAGAAAUCUUAUCAUUUGAUGUAUGAAAUGACCUCUACUGUAUGUAUGUGUGAUGUCAUAUGUGUAAGCAAAUAAAGGAUAUAAUGGAG